AUGAAGUGGCCAAGCGCGCGCCUCGCCUCUCGCCGCCCGAAGACGGAGGACCAUGAACGAAAAGAGAGAGCCAGCAGACGGAAGGAGAAGGUUCUCCAGCAGCAGAGAGAAGAAGAAGAACGAGAGCGAGAGCAGCAGCGACAGAAGCAGCAGGAAACAGGAAACAGGAAGUCGGGCAUCAACUCUGCUGCGUCUGUGCAGAAAGCGAACGAGGCCAAGUCGCUGAUUUCCCAGAGGUCCUUUAACCCCAGAGACGUGUUCAAGCAGAGGGAGCAGAGCUUUGAGUCCAACAACAGGCCGUCCAACGAAAGGCCGUCCAACAACAGGCCGUCCAACGACAGGACGUCCAACGACAGGACGUCCAACGACAGCCCGUCCCCUGCAGCGUCCACAACUGGGAAGCUGCAGAGUCCGUUUCUCUCUCAGAGAUCCUUCGAGGGAGAAACUCCGCUGCAGGCUCGGCUUCCACCGGCUGGGGUCCCGGUCUACUCCAUGCACCGUCUGUCUCCUGUCUCACCUGUCUCAUCUGGGCCGUCUCACUCAUCGGCUCCGGCUGGGGUCCCAGCCUACUCCACGCACCGCCUGUCCCCUGUCUCACCUGUCUCACCUGUCUCACCUGUCUCACCUGGGCCAUUUGGGGUCCAUGCAGAGGACCUGUACGACGUACCCCCCUCAGUCCAGACUGAGGAUGACCAGUACGACGUACCCCCCUCAGUCCAGACAGAGGAAGUCCUGUACGACGUACCCCCCUCGGUCCAGACAGAGGAAGACCUGUAUGAAGACGUCUACCGCCCACACAGCUCCACAACCGGAGACCGUAACGUGGAGACCAGCAGACCGGGCGUCUGUGCCAGGGCUCUGUAUGACUACCAGGCUGUGGAUGACACUGAGAUCACCUUUGACCCCGAUGACAUCAUCACGGACAUCGACAUGCAGGACGAGGGCUGGUGGCGAGGGUACGGCCCGGGCGGGGACUACGGCAUGUUCCCCGCCAACUACGUGGAGCUGCUCUAGCUGAAGAUCAUCCUGGGAUAUAUAAGAACAUAUGGAUAGAUAUUAAUUAUUAUAAUGAAGAUAAAUAAUAUUUCUGUGUUUGUCGUCGCUGUCAACGUCCCAAUAAACACCG